CCUCCGCCAUGUGCCCUGGUGCUGCUGCCGGUGGACAGGAGGCGGGACAGGCCCGGGAGAGGUUCCCCCCGGGAAGGAGAUACUGGGUGGCAGCUCCCUGAGGAGAACCGGCCAUCUUGUCCCUGAGGAGGUGCUGGGCAGUACCAGGUCCAGGCCUUAGAUGGGACCGGUCUGUUGGAUCUGUGCAGUAAACGUGAAAGUCGGCGAUUCAUAAUUGUUUUCCCAAAUCUAUAUUCCUACCGUGUCAUUCUGUGCUGCUCAGGAGAAAGUGAACUGAACGCUAUCGCCUUUUCUUUGCCCUGUACUGAGCCCUCCAGGUCUCAGGCCCACGUGGAACAGUGUCAAGAGUACAUCCGUCUUUGAUGGUUAUUCAGAAUUAAUUCUCAUGUCAGCAGAAAGCCCAACCAUCACAGUCCGCCUUGUUCGCUCUUUUGAACACCGGAACUUCAGACCCGUGGUGUAUCAUGGAGUUAACUUGGAUCAGACAGUAAAGCAGUUCAUGAAUUUUGUGCGGAAGGAUGUGCCUUCAAGAACAGGACUUCCUCCUCCUUUCAAAAAUUACAAGUAUGAUACAAUGAAGAUUAUUCACCAAGCACACAAAUCUAAGACUGGUGAACUUAUAGUGAGUUUGGAAGAUGAUGACAAACUGAUUUUGAAAGAAGACAGUACGCUGAAAGCAGCUGGAGUAGCAAAUGAGACCGAAUUAGCAUUCUUCUGUGAGGAAGAUUACAGAAACUACAAAGCUAAUCCUGUUUCAGCCUGGUGAAGAUCCCAAGAGACUGUUUUGUUUUCCCAUACCUGUUGUAAAUUUUCCUUAUUCUGCUUAAUGAGAUUUUUCUUAAAGAUCAAUAAAUCCUAGAGGAUUGCUUUGCAAA